GUGGGGAACUGAGCGCCAGCUGCGACCCAGCCGAUCCCGGGCUUCGGUGACUCCCUAGAUGCGCGGCCCUGAGGAGAUUCCUCGUGGGUGUGAGGGUCCGCUGACCAACCGGACAGCGGACAACGGGCAGCUGAGAGGAACUUUCCCAGAGAGAAAACUUUUCCAAAGCAGUGCCCUUGUCUCCCUCCACCGCCCCCAAACCCCUGCCGGAGCCCCGCUGAAGUCCCACAGAUCAUGUGACUGCGCCAGGCGGCGGAGACCCCGAGCCUCAGGCCGAGACGGGAGCCAAUCGGCACGGCCACUGGCCUGGGCCCCUCUCCCGCCCGGCCCCUCUCCCCGCCCCGGUGUCCGCGGUGACGUCGCCCGUGAAAGACAUGAUGUCUUAAAAGAAGCUGAAAUUUUACACAAAGCUAGAUUUAGUUACAUUCUUCCAAUUUUGGGAAUUUGCAAUGAGCCUGAAUUUUUGGGAAUGGUUACUGAGUACAUGUCAAAUGGAUCAUUAAAUGAACUCCUACAUAGGAAAACUGAAUAUCCUAAUGUUGCUUGGCCACUGAGAUUUCGCAUCCUAUACGAAAUUGCACUGGGUGUAAAUUACCUCCACAAUAUGAAUCCACCUCUACUUCAUCAUGACUUAAAGACACAGAAUAUCUUACUGGAUGAUGAAUUUCAUGUCAAGAUUGCAGAUUUUGGUUUAUCAAAAUGGCGCCUGAUGUCCAUCUCACAAUCGCGAAGUAGUAGAUCUUCACCAGAAGGAGGGACAAUUAUCUAUAUGCCACCUGAAAACUAUGAACCUGGACAGAAAUCAAGGGCCAGUAUCAAGCAUGAUAUUUAUAGCUAUGCAGUUAUCACAUGGGAAGUCUUAUCCAGAAAACAGCCUUUUGAAGAAGUCACCAAUCCUUUGCAGAUUAUGUAUAGUGUGUCACAAGGACAUCGACCUGACACUAGUGAAGAAAGUUUGCCAUGGGAUAUACCUAAUCGAGCACUUAUGAUCUCUCUAAUAGAAAGUGGAUGGGCACAAAAUCCAGAUGAAAGACCAUCUUUCUUAAAAUGUUUAAUAGAACUUGAACCAGUUCUGAGAACAUUUGAAGAGAUAACUUUUCUUGAAGCUGUUAUUCAACUAAAAAAAACAAAGUUACAGAGUGCUUCGAGUACUAUUCACUUAUGUGACAAGAAGAAUAUGGAGUUAUCUCUGAACAUACCUGUAAAUCAUGGUCCACAGGAGGAAUCAUGUGGAUCCUCCCAGCUCCCUAAAAGUAGUAGUUCUCCUGGAACAUCAACAUCCCUGUCAGCUUCUCCAGACAAUUUUUUAUCUAGAAAAACUCAAGACUUCUCUAUGUUGCAUCGCUGUCCAGUAAACCAUAGAUGGGAUAGUAACAUUUCUGCAGCUGAAAGGGUGACAUUCUGUGAUCCCAAGACCACCCCAUGCUCUUUAGCAGUAAUAAAUCCACUUUCAGCUGAGGGAAGUUCAGAGCGAUUACAACCUGGGAUAGCCCAACAGUGGAUCCAGAGUAAAAGGGAAGACAUUGUGAACCAGAUGACGGAAGCCUGCCUUAACCAAUCACUAGAUGCCCUUCUGUCCAGGGACUUGAUCAUGAAGGAGGACUAUGAGCUCAUUAGUACCAAACCCACAAGGACCUCAAAAGUCAGACAAUUACUGGACACUUCUGACAUCCAAGGAGAAGAAUUUGCCAAAAUUAUAGUACAGAAGUUGAGAGAUAACAAGCAAAUGGGUCUUCAACCUUACCCGGAAAUACUUGUGGUUUCUCAAUCACAGUCUUUAAAUUUAUUCCAAAAUAAAAGCUUGUAAGUGACUUUUUCAAGAAGAAAAGUGAGUUUAUAAAAUGCUAUUUAUAUCUCUGUCCCCUUGAUCAUAUUGUUUUUUAAAAAUCCCUAAGAGUAUUAGGAGCUUUAAAGAAGUUUCUUUAGGUAAAUACUAAUCUCCUUCAGUGACAUUACAGUAUUUUUUUAAUUAAUAUAGUAUAAAGUUAAUAUUUUACUACAUAGUUCAUUUUUGUGUUUCUUUUGUUAAUUGAAACUUUUUUAAUGUAAUAUAUUUUCAUACAUAUCUUAAGGUAUGCGUUUCUCAUGGAAGCCAUUUUCACAUUCAUUUUCUUCAUGGAUUAUUUAUUACUUGUCUAACAUGAAGUUUGGCUUUUCUGACAUUAUUAAACUUAAAUCAGAGGUAGUAACAGCAUUUCUACCCUUCAGUCUCAGGUUCAAAUCCUCUAUAGAGGACUGUUUAUUAAACUCUGUCAUCCAAAUUACAUUUUUAAAUCUUAUUGAAAUAUUCUUUUAAAAGUUGUUUCAAAGGUAAAACAAUACAACGUACAGAAAGAAAUUGAUCUUUCCACAUGUAUUUGGACACUGGGCUCUGUAGAGAGCCCCAUUUCUAACCUUAACUACCAACCAAGAUAAAGUUAACAGCAUGAUUUGUAUCCUCUGUAUCCUUCCUGCUCAUAUGUAAAGCAUAUGCUCAUUUAGGAAAAGGUCUUGUCUUAAUGUUAUUAGCAUUGUAACACAUACUGCAACCUAAUUUUUUCAUUUAAUAGUACAUCAUGUGCAAGACUCUGGAUGACAUGAAGUAGAUCUUACUCAUUCUUUUUAAUUGCUGCAUGAUAUUAUCAGGGCUGCACUUUAAUUUUCUAGUUCAUACCAGUUUGGUCCAAACAGUAAAGAUAUAGUGUGAGUUCUUUUUAUGGUUAACAGGUUAUGUCACUAAAUGAAAACCUACAAGGAAUGAUAACCUUCUUCUGAAAAUAUUUAUUAGCAAUGUUAGCAAAAAGUAUGAUACAAGAUAAAUUUGAAAGUGAACUUUCAAGAAGCACUAGACCCAUAGUCUGGGGGAAGAAAUGAGUAAUAAAAAUGACUAGAUGGCUUUGA